AUGGAGACCGAGGCUGGGCCCGGGCAGCCUCGCGGCGUUGCCAUGGAGACAAGUCCCGGGCUAGGGCUCCGCAGCCCCGGCUCUCCGCCGGCUCAGAACCCCGCGGAGCCGCUGCGCGAGGCCGGAGCCGUGGUGGCGGCGGCACGCUGGGACCUGCGGAAGCACUCUUUGCUCAUCGUGAUCGGCGAUAUCGCUACAGAGAGUCAGCUGAGGGCCGUUCGGGCCCACCUUGAACAAGGCAUUCUCUCCUGGAACAUUGAUUUAUCAUCCAUUGACUUGAACCAACAAUUGAGACUCUUCAUUACCCGGCACCUAGCUCACUUCUCUUCAGAGGUCAAAGGCCAGAGGACCCUCUGCCACCAGAGUGAGAUCCUAGAGACCGUCAUCCUCGUAAACCCCAGUGCCGACAGCAUCAGCUCUGAGGUUCACCACCUCCUCAGCAGCCCAUCAGCUCACAAACUGCUGAUCUUGAGUGGGCAGAGUUUAGAGCCUGGGGGAGACCUCAUCCUACAGAGUGGCACUUACUCCUAUCAAAACUUUGCCCAGGUCCUUCACAACCCAGAGAUUGCCCAACUGCUCAGCAACAAAGACCCUGGGAUCCAGGCUUUCCUCACCGUGUCCUGCUUGGGGGAGGGCGACUGGAGCCACCUGGGGCUAGCUAGUUCCCAGGAGACCCUGCACCUCCGGCUAAACCCUGAGCCCACACUGCCCACCAUGGACGGCGUGGCUGAAUUCUCCGAGUAUGUCUCUGAGACCGUGGACGUGCCGUCCCCCUUCGACCUACUGGAGCCCCCCACCUCAGGGGGCUUCCUCAAGCUCUCCAAGCCUUGCUGCUACAUCUUCCCCGGCGGCCGAGGGGACUCGGCCCUCUUUGCCGUGAAUGGUUUCAACAUCCUGGUGGACGGUGGCUCUGACCGCAAGUCUUGCUUCUGGAAGCUGGUGCGGCACCUGGACCGCAUCGACUCGGUGCUGCUCACCCACAUCGGGGCCGACAACCUGCCAGGCAUCAAUGGGCUUCUGCAGCGCAAAGUGGCAGAACUGGAGGAGGAGCAGUCCCAGGGCUCCAGCAGCUACAGCGACUGGGUGAAGAACCUCAUCUCCCCCGAGCUGGGGGUUGUCUUCUUCAACGUGCCCGAUAAGCUGCGGCUGCCGGAUGCCUCGCGGAAGGCCAAGCGCAGCAUUGAGGAGGCCUGCCUCACUCUGCAGCACUUAAACCGCCUGGGCAUCCACGCUGAGCCACUGUACCGCGUGGUCAGCAACACCAUAGAGCCUCUCACCCUCUUCCACAAGAUGGGUGUGGGCCGCCUGGACAUGUACGUCCUCAACCCUGUCAAGGACAGCAAGGAGAUGCAGUUCCUCAUGCAAAAGUGGGCGGGCAACAGUAAAGCCAAGACAGGCAUUGUGCUGGCUAACGGGAAGGAGGCUGAGAUCUCGGUGCCCUACCUGACCUCUAUCACCGCUCUGGUGGUCUGGUUGCCAGCCAACCCCACUGAGAAGAUCGUGCGCGUCCUUUUCCCAGGGAAUGCCCCCCAGAACAAGAUCUUGGAGGGCCUGGAAAAGCUUCGACACCUGGACUUCCUGCGCUACCCCGUGGCCACACAGAAGGACCUGGCCACUGGGGCUGUGCCUGCCAACCUCAAACCCAGCAAAAUCAAACAGCGGGCUGACAGCAAAGAGAGCCUCAAGGCCACGACCAAGACACCUGUGGGAAAACUGGCCAAACGGGAGGAGGUGGCCGAAGAGGGAGCCAAGGAGGCUCGCUCAGAACUGGCCAAAGAGUUAGCCAAGACAGAAAAGAAGGCAAAAGAGUCAUCUGAGAAGCCCCCAGAGAAGCCCGCCAAGCCUGAGAGGGUGAAGACAGAGUCAAGCGAGGCACUGAAGGCAGAGAAGCGAAAGCUGAUCAAAGACAAAGUGGGGAAGAAGCACCCGAAAGAAAAGAUAUCAAAGCUGGAAGAGAAAAAAGACAAAGAGAAAAAAGAGAUCAAAAAGGAGAGGAAGGAGCUCAAGAAGGAUGAAGGAAGAAAGGAGGAAAAGAAGGAUGCCAAGAAGGAGGAGAAGAAGAAAGACACCAAACCUGAGGUCAAAAAGAUUUCCAAGCCAGACCUGAAGCCCUUUACCCCUGAGGUGCGGAAGACCCUCUACAAAGCCAAGGCCCCCGGCAGAGUCAAGACAGACAAGAGCCGGGCUACCCGUGGGGACAAGGAGCUGUCCUCUGAGCCCCGGACACCCCCGGCCCAGAAGGGGGCUGCACCCCUCCCAACAAGGGAGCUGGCCUUGUCUUCACCAGAGGACCUCACACAGGACUUUGAGGAGUUGAAACGUGAGGAGAGGGAGUUGCUGACCGAACAAAGGGACACAAGACUAGGCGAGAAACCGCUCCCCCCGGACACUGCCGAGGAGGGACUCCCGAGCACAGCGGCCCUGGUGGCACCACCCUCUGUCCCUGGGCCGGAAGCAGAAGCGCCUGUGGUGAAGGAGAAAGAGGUUGUCCCAGACGUCCCUGAGGAACGAGGCGGCAAGGACAGAGGCCCGGACUCUGGGGCAGAAACAGAGGAAGAGAAAGAAACCUGGGAGGAAAAGAAGCCAAAGGAAGCCGAGGGGGUCCCUGACGGAACAGAAGCCCGAGAGGAAAGUGAACCUGAGGUAAAGGAAGAUGUGAUAGAGAAGGCCGAGUUAGAGGAGAUGGAGGAGCUGCCCCCUUCCGAUGAGGAGGAAGAGGAGGAGACAAAGGCGGAGGGUUUUUACCAAAAGCACAUACAAGAAGCCUUGAAGGUGAUGCCAAGGGCCAAGGAGGCUCUCGGCGGCCGGGAACCGGGACUCCAAGGCAAGGCCCCGGAGAAGGAGACCUCGUCAUUCCUGAGCAGCCUGGCCACCCCGGCAGGAGCCACCGAGCACGUGUCUUACAUCCAGGACGAGACGAUCCCUGGCUACUCCGAGACCGAGCAGACCAUCUCCGAUGAAGAGAUCCACGACGAGCCCGAGGAGCGCGCAGCCCCACCUAGGUUUCCGAUAGGAACCUAUGACCUCCCUGGGCCUGAAGGUCCCGGCCCCUUUGAGGCCAGCCAGCCUGCUGACAGCGCUGUUCCCGCCACCGCCAGCAAGGCCUACGGAGCACCCGAGACGGAACUCACCUACCCCCCCAACAUGGUGGCCGCCCCUCUGGCGGAAGAGGAGCACGUGUCCUCGGCCACCUCGAUCACCGAGUGUGACAAGCUCUCUUCCUUUGCUACGUCCGUGGCCGAGGACCAGUCCGUGGCUUCACUCACGGCCCCACAGACAGAGGAGACAGGCAAGAGCUCCCUGCUGCUUGACACAGUCACGAGCAUCCCCUCAUCCCGCACUGAAGCCACUCAGGGCCUGGACUACGUGCCAUCGGCCGGCACCAUCUCACCCACCUCCUCGCUGGAAGAAGACAAAGGCUUCAAGUCACCACCCUAUGACGACUUCUCUGUGACCGGGGAGUCAGAGAAGAGAGGAGAGAUGGUAGGGAGAGGCUUGUCUGGAGAGAGGGCCGUGGAGGAGGAAGAGGAGGAGGAGACCGCCAACAUACAGAUGUCAGAGAAACUGCAUGGUCAGUAUGGACCCCCGAUGUUUGCCGCCCCUGGGCAUGCCCUCCACCCAGGGGAACCAGCCCUUGGAGAGGCGGAGGAGCGCUGCCUCAGCCCGGAUGACAGCACAGUGAAGAUGGCCUCUCCGCCACCGUCUGGCCCACCCAGUGCCACCCACACGCCCUUUCAUCAGUCCCCAGUGGAGGAAAAGUCUGAGCCCCAAGACUUUCAGGAAGCAGACUCCUGGGGAGACACUAAGAGUAUCCCAGGUGUGGGCAAGGAAGUUGCUGCAGAGGAGGCCGCCAAGCCAGGGCCUGACAAGGGUACACUGGAGGAGGAAGGGAAGGCGCCUCCUCCCACGAGCCCCCAGGCCCAGGAGGCACCCAUCAGCCUAGCAGGGGGACAGCCCGGCCGCACCAUCCAGCUGCUGCCAGAACAGGACAAAGCCAUCGUCCUCGAGACUGUGGAGGCAGGAGAGCCCGCAGGCCCGGUUCCAGAAACAGAAGCCCUACCCGGAGACUUCAGAACCUCACUCCAAGAACUUGGAGAACCUCAGAAAGAGGAGGUGCUCCAAAUUCCUGACCGAGGCCUCUCCCCUGAAGAGGCAGAGUCCCUCUCUGUCCUCAGCGUGGUCUCCCCAGACACUGCCAAAAAGCAAGACACCACCCCGAGGUCUCCCUGUGGCCUGAUGGAGCAGCGCCUCCACACAGACCUAUGGCCGCAGGGAUCUCCAGAAGACACCCGGUCACUGUCUCUCUCAGAGGAGAGUCCCAGCAAGGAGACCUCGCUGGACAUCUCUUCCAAGCAGCUGUCUCCAGAAAGCCUUGGCACCCUCCAGUUUGGGGAACUAAGCCUUGGAAAGGAAGAAAAAGGGCCUCUGAUGCAGGCUGAGGACACCACUUGCCACCUAGCCCCUGUGUCUAUUCCAGAAGCCCGGGCAGCCACAGUGUCACCUCCCACAGAUGGGACCAGUGGAUACUCCGCACGGGCAGACAUCACAGAUGAGAGCCCCGAUGGAAAAUUACCCGCCAGUUCCUUCUCUCCCACUGCGCUGCUAGGAGAUGGGAGGCGCUCACCCGGAGUGAUCACAAGCCUGGGUGAACACAUUCUCACACCUGAUAGCUCCCUCACCAAGAGCCCUGAGUCCUUGCCAAGCCCUGCCAUGGAGGAUAUCGUCAUGGAGUGGGAAGGCAAAGUUCCAAAGUUGAAAGACAGACCCUCAGAGCAGAAGGAAAAGGGACCUGAGCCCACAGAUGAAGUCCUUCAGCAGCAGGACAAAACCCUGGAGCAGAGGGACACUGUAAUGGAGCAGAGGGACACAGCCAUCUGUCAGAAAGAUGAGAUUCUGGAAGAGAAGGACAAGGCUGGGGAAGCACAGGAUCAGGCUGUGGAACAAAAAGGUAGAGACUCAGAAUAUAGGGAAACAGCCCCGGAACAGAAGGACCAAGCCCCAGAAGGAAAAGACAAAGACUUAGAACCUAAAGACAGAGGCUUAGAACACAGGGACAUAGCCCCAGAACAGAAGGACCAGGCCCUGGAAGGAAAAGACAAAGAUUCAGAGCCUAAAGACAGAGACUCAGAACACAGGGAAACAGCCCCGGAACAGAAGGACCAGGCCCCGGAAGGAAAAGACAAAGAUUUAGAGCCUGAAGACAGAGGCUUAGAACACAGGGACACAGCCCCGGAACAGAAGGACCAGGCCCCGGAAGGAAAAGACAAAGACUUAGAACCUAAAGACAGAGACUUAGAAGCAAAAGACAAGGCCCUAGAACAGGAGGACAAGGUCCCAGAAGAGAAAGAUAAAAUCUUAGAACAAAAAAUCAGAGACUUGGAACAUAAAGACACAGUUCCAGAAGAAACAGUCCCUGCACUGAAGGGCAAGGCCUUAGAACAGAAAGAUGAAGCCUCUGAACAGGACAAGGCCCCAGAAGAGAAGGACAAGGCCCAGAAGGACCAGGCCCCAGAACAGAAGGACCAGGACUUAGCACAAAAAUACUGGGCCCUCGAACAGAAGGCUGAAGCUCUGGAACAAACCAUUAAGGCCGCUGAACAAAAAGAUAAGUUUCUGGAAGAGAAGGACAAAACUCAGGAGCAGGAGAGCCCUGUGCAGGAGGAUAAAACCAUGGCACCGAAGGAGAAGAUCCUAGAGGAAAAAUCUCCAGAAAAAGUCAAGGCUGUGGAACAGAAAGAAGAAGCUGUGCUGGAGAAGAGCAAAGCUCUGGGGCUGGAAGAGAGCCCAGUGCAGGAGGACAAGGCCCGGGAGCAGGAGGAGAAGUACCAGAAGGAGCAGGAUGUGGUCCAGGAGUGGCGAGAAACAUCUCCAAGCAGCAGCGAGCUGGCUGGAGAACAGAAGGAGCCUGCGCGGACAUGGGAGGACACAUCUCCUGAGCAGGAGGACACGUACUGGAGGGGCAGGGAGGAUGUGGUCCUGGGGCAGGACACGUACUGGCAGGAGCUGAGCUGUGAGCGGAAGGUCUGGUUCCCUCAUGAGCUGGGGGGCCCGGGGGCCCGGCCACGGUACACAGAAGAGCGGGAGAGCACCUUCCUCGAUGAGGGGCCGGACGAUGAGCAGGAAGUGCCCCCCUUGGAGCACACACCCCAGAGUCCCUGGGCCUCGGACUUCAAGGGCUUUCAGGAGCCCGCACCACAGAAGGGACUGGAGGUGGAGCGCUGGCUUGCAGAGUCACCAGUCGGGCUGCCACCGGAGGAAGAGGACAAGCUGACCCGCUCGCCCUUUGAGAUCAUCUCUCCUCCGGCCUCCCCGCCAGAGAUGGCUGGACAGAGGGUUCUGCCAGCCCUGGGGCAAGAGAGCCCCAUCCCAGAUCCUAACCUCCUGCCACCCGUGAGGGAUGAACCCACCACCCGCUCCUGGCUGGCUGACAUCCCACCAUGGGUGCCCAAGGACAGACCCCUGCCCCCUGCACCCCUCUCCCCUGCUCCCGCUCCCCCGACGCCUGCCCCAGAGCCACACACUCCUGCGCCCUUCUCCUGGGGCACAGCCGAGGGGGAGGGUGUGAUGGCUGCAGUGCAGGAGGGGGCAGCCGAGCUGGAAGGCGGGCCGUACUCCCCGCUAGGGAAGGACUACCGCAAGGCCGAGGGGGAAAGGGAAGAAGAAGCGGGGGUUCCUGACCACAGCCCCCGGAGCUCACAGGUCCCCAAGGCCAGCGAGAGCCAUGCCUCUGAGGAGCCCGAGCAGACCGAGCCAGAGCAGAGAGAGCCCACUCCCUAUCCGGACGAGCGGAGCUUCCAGUACGCAGACAUCUACGAGCAGAUGAUGCUCACGGGGCUGGGCCCCGCCUGCCCCACUAGAGAGCCUCCGCUUGGAGCCGCUGGGGACUGGCCCCCCCACAUCUCAACCAAGGAGGAAGCUGCUGGCCGAGACACGCCUGCAGAGAAGGAGCUUUCAUCUCCUGUCUCACCCCAUAGCCUCCAAUUCGACACUCCAGCCUUCAGCUAUGCAGCUCUGGCGGGACCCACUGUGCCCCCCAGGCAGGAGCCUGAGCCGGAGCCGGGCAUGCACCCCAGCCUCACCCCACCUGCGGUACCCCCCCGUGCUCCUAUCCCCCAGAGCCAAGGCCCAAGCCCGCCGCUGAAUGGUCACAUCCUGAGCUGCAGCCCAGAUCGGAGAACCCCCUCCCCCAAGGAACCAGGCCGUGGUCCCUGGGAUGACAGCCCGAGUGAUUCGGAGCUGGAGAAGGGGGCUCGGGAGCAACCCGAAAAAGAGGCCCAGUCCCCAAGUCCCCCGUACCCCACGCCUGCUGGCCCCUCCGCCUUGUGGCCCGAAAGCGAGGCACGUACCAGCCCUUCCUCAGACUCACACCUGGGUCCUGCGCGACCCAGCCUGGACUUCCCUGCGUCAGCCUUUGGCUUCUCCUCACUGCAGCCGGCGCCUCCACAGCUGCCCUCCCCAGCGGAACCCCGCUCGGCACCCUGUGGGUCGCUUGCCUUCUCUGGGGACCGGGCUUUGGCUCUGGCUCCAGGACCCCCCGCCAGAGCCCGGCAUGAUGAGUACCUCGAAGUGACCAAGGCCCCCAGCCUGGACUCUUCACUGCCCCAGCUUCCGUCUCCCGGAUCUCCCGGCGCCCCUCUCCUCUCCAGUCUGCCGAGGCCCGCCUCUCCCGCCCUGUCUGAAGGCUCCUCCUCGGAGGCCACCACACCUGUGAUUUCAAGCGUGGCUGAGCGCUUCCCUCCCGUUCUGGGAGCUGCAGAACCAGCGUCCAGACAGCUGGUCCCAGGAAUGGAAGCUGCUGCCCAUGGCCUCUGGGACCUCGCUCCUCUGAGCCCAGCACCUCCAGCGUCCCUGGACUUGGCCCCAGCUCCGGCUCCGAGCCUGCCCGGGGAUAUGGAUGACGGCACCCUGCCCUGUCGCCUGGAGUGCUCGGGGGUGGCCGCCAAGAAGCCAAGCCCCUCCCAGGGUCCCUCCGAGGAUGGUGCCACCAAUGGUCCAACUGAAACCAGCCCCAAGCCCCCGGGCCCUGCCCCGGCCGAGGCUGAGGCCUGCCCUGCCUGGGAGCGUGGCGCCUGGCCUGAGGGAGCCGAGAGGAGCCCCCGGCCUGACACGCUGCUGUCCCCUGAGCAGCCGACGUGUCCUGGAGCAGCCCCUGGAGACCAGCCUAGAAGCAGCUCCCCGGAGACGGAGGCUGGGCCCCAGGGCUGUGCUGCUGAACCCCGGGCCCACCGCGGGGAGCUCUCCCUCUCCUUCCUGAACCCUCCUCUGCCUCGGUCCACGGAUGACAGCGACCCCUCAACUGAGGAGGCGCGGCUGGUAGGGAGAGGGGGGCGGCGCCGGGCGGGAGCCCCAGGGGCCACAGGGGGCCCGUGCCCCAUGGCAGAUGAGACACCCCCAACGUCAGCCAGUGACUCAGGCUCCUCACAGUCAGAUUCUGACGUUCCACCAGAAACUGAGGAGUGUCCAUCCAUCACGGCUGAGGCAGCCCUCGACUCAGAUGAAGAUGGGGACUUCCUGCCUGUGGACAAAGCUGGUGGGGUCAGUGGGACUCACCAUCCCAGGCCCGGCCAUGAUCCGCCCCCGCUCCCCCAGCCAGACCCUCGGCCAGCCCCUCCCCGACCUGACGUGUGCAUGGCUGACCCCGAGGGGCUCAGCUCGGAGUCUGGAAGGGUAGAGAGGCUACGGGAGAAGGAGAAGGCACAGGGGAGAGCUGGUCGCAGGGCCCCAAGCAGGGCCAAACCAGCGUCUCCUGCCCGCCGUCUGGAUCUUCGGGGAAAACGCUCACCCACCCCUGGUAAAGGGACUGCAGAUCGAGCCUCCCGGGUCCCACCCCGGCCACGCAGCACUCCAAGCCAGGUCACCCCAGCAGAGGAAAAGGAUGGACACAGCCCCAUGUCCAAAGGCUUAGUCAACGGACUCAAGGCAGGACCAACGGCCUUGGGUUCCAAGAGCGGCUCUGGUGCCCCUGUAUAUGUGGAUCUUGCCUACAUCCCGAAUCACUGCAGCGGCAAGACUGCCGACCUUGACUUCUUCCGACGAGUGCGUGCAUCCUACUAUGUGGUCAGUGGGAACGACCCUGCCAACGGCGAGCCGAGCAGGGCUGUGCUGGAUGCCCUGCUGGAGGGCAAGGCCCAGUGGGGGGAGAAUCUUCAGGUGACUCUGAUCCCUACUCAUGACACGGAGGUGACGCGUGAGUGGUACCAGCAGACCCAUGAGCAGCAGCAGCAGCUGAACGUUCUAGUCCUGGCCAGCAGCAGCACCGUGGUCAUGCAGGACGAGUCCUUCCCUGCCUGCAAGAUUGAGUUCUGAAAGAGCGACUCUCCCUUCCCCGAGGAUCCGCUCCCCCAGCUCCCCUAGAUGAUGGCAACUGCUGAGUCCUUUGGGGUUGAGGGACAUGGGAGUUGGGGGAGGGGGUGGGGUGGACAGGAUGUCUUGUGGGAACUUAGGCUGGGCUUAAUGGGAGGGGUCAUCCUUCCCCCUCAUCCACAUCUGAAAGGAGUCUCCAAACCAAAGGUAACCAGGAUUAGGAUAGGGAGAGGAUGCAAAAUUAGGGCAUGAGGUCAUCUGAUGCCUGAGGACCCUCGAGUGACACCCUCUCUUAGCACUGCCCAGUGCUGGUGAUGGAGUGGAGAGUGAGGAUGGGCCUCAGCGAGCAGCCUCCUCCCUCACGGAGGGAGGUCAUAUCCCCAGCCCCAGGGAUCUCUUAAUCUAUUUAAUUUAGCAUCCCACGGAAGAACUUCCAGUAGUAAUUUAUGUGACCUGGGGGCAGGAUACUGUCAGUGAGGUGUUCAGAGCUGCACCCUUCGGUCCAUCUCCCAUUCCCUUCCCCGUCAGAGUCUGGGUUCCAGCAGGGAUCUGGGGGAGGCCACUGCUACACUGUCCCACUGCUUCCCUCCAUGUCUGAAUGUCUCAAUCCAAAACUUGAAGCUCUUUUUUAACCAACAGAUUGGUGAGGAGAAGAAAGGAGCUUAUCCUCCCAGCCCCUGCUUCAUACCAUUCACAUCCCAGAGCCAUGCCCAGACCAGGUCUGCUGGGCAACACAAAGGAGCAAGGAGAGCCCGGCCCCACUCGCGGAAUCUUUCCAAGCUCCCUGAUCUUAGGAGGUUUUCACCCGCCCAUUCCAACUCUCCUGAUCCCUUCUCAUACCUGCUUGGCUUAUCUGCAUGUGGUCACCUGCUGUGGCCUGGUGUGUAAUGGGUUAAAAGCCACUGCCUGACGUCCAAACACUUGACACCCCGGCAACGUGUGACUCCCCCAACAUUCCAUUCUGCCAUCCUGCAGCUGAAGUGGGAACGCUGGCUGCCUUUCCAGCUCCACACUCUUGGACAGAGGAUCUGGGAGGCGGAGGACUUGGGGAUAAGGAGAGGGAGGAAGGAAAGAGGGAGAGGAAGCUGAGCUAAGGCUGAACUCUGACUGAGGGAGAUGAAAACAGGCCGAAAAUACCACCCUGGGAGAGGACCUCACCCCAAGCAAGCCAGUAAGAGCUCUGCCAGACUGCUGCGGGACUGAGAAAUCCAGACGCUCCUGUCAGGACUCGGCUUCUCUGCCAAAUGACUGUGUGGAAACCAAAUCGAGCCGCCUGUGUUCUUCCAGCUCCCACUCUCCCAUGCUGCUGUGUUCUGCUCCUCCCCACUCUUCCCUGCUCUAGUUCCCAGCUGCUGUAACGGAGCCGCCUCCAAUUCUAACAAUAAAUCCAGUUCAUUACA